CGACGUCCAAACAAGACACCCGUUCACUCCUCCUUCGCAAUGAAUUUCUUUACCAGCCUCAUCGUCCUCGUCCAUCUCGUUUUGUCUGUCGUUGCCUUGCCUGCCGGCACUCAAACUGCCUCGGCGGUUAUAUAUGCUAUCAACACCAUUGGGAAGCAGCUCUCAAGUACCGCAGGCCUCCUACAGCGUUCAACUAUCAAUGAUGCCGCACAAGCUACAGACGUAGAAAAUGAUCUUGGUCAAUUGACCUCCGAUCUAACUAUACUGAUAGAUUAUGUAGAGCAAGCGUACCCUCUUCUGACUCCCUUUGACGGACCUGACGCCCUCACCAUCCUCAACGCUACGAGAGAUGUGCUUCUUCGUCAGCUUACUCUACUGCAGCCGCUCCUUGCAGGCGCAGCCAUUCCCUUUCAUAAGCAACUCGGAUCAGCUGCGUUUGGGGCUCUAGCCAAAUCCGUAGGAGUUUCUGUGAAUGCAUUCCUGGAAGGUACCUUGGUGAUCCAGCAGAGACUCACAGAUGACGUGGCCGCACAGGGGGUCGCCGUCAGUAGUGACAUCAAGUCUCGGUUGUAUUACAUCGAUUUGGCUUUUGGCCUCAGCUUGCCACCAGUGGGCGGUCCUUGAGCAUUUUCACAGAGGCAGUACGGAGUUUACAGAUUUUUCUCGACUUUUGUAGGAACUUUGAAUUACCUUGAAGAAUGUUUCCCGAUGGGACUGAUAUUGUCCGUCCCUGCUUCGCUCGAAUUUUCAAAUAUCAAUGUGCUCAUUAAUUUCUUACUCGUUUCUAUGUACUCUUUUAAUCUUG